AUGCCACCACAAACUCGCUCCAGCGGCCGGACUCCCGCCGCCGCCAACCCAUCUCCCGAUCGAGUCUAUAAGUCUAGCAAGCCGGCAAAGCAGGCAAAGUUUCCGCAUCGACGAACUGAAGUUCGAACGUAUAGCGCUCGUAAACCAACCGCUCGAAUUGCCAACCACCAGCAAAAAACCUUGACCCAGAUGUUUGAGACCACGCGCUCGUCGCCCUUGCGCCUUGAUCUAUCCGACGAAGAGGAGGAGCCCAAGCCUAGGAAGAGAAGGAGAAAGACCAUGGGAGACGAACCGACGCCAAGCUCAUCCUUUCACACGCAAACGUUGACGCAAAUGUCGCGAAGAUCAUCCGAGAAAUCCACGGCAGAAGAGGAAGAGGAGGAGGACGUAUGGCAAUUCCAGCCCUCGGAGGAUGAGGUCGAAAAGGACCAACCGGUGCUGCCCUCCGGCAACGACAAGGAGAACCAAGUGCCUGGCAAGAAGCAGUCGAGCAAACCGCCCAGCAGGACAUCCUCCGUCGUUCCGCAGACGCCAACAAAUAAACGCGUUAUUUAUGAGAUUCCAUCGUCUAUAGGCAGCCCGCUUACCCCGAUGCUGGCUAGGUACAGCCCGGCGCCAAAAAGGUCUCCCUUGAAAGACAAGUCCACAAACACAAUGUCACCGAUCCCGAAGCCCACAGCAUCCGUCAAACGGCCACGAACUCUGACAGUCCAGGAUUCUUAUGCGACGACCGGUAGCCAGAGCUCGAGCCAAAUCGUAUCUCCCAGCAAAAUGCCACUGCAGCCCACCAAAAAUGUUCGCUUCAUCACGCCCCAUCCUACAGCCAGUCUAGCUCCCAUGGAAGAAGAUGAGGAAGUGGAGGGAGAGCGUGAAGUCAGCCCAUCCCCUCGCAGGCCACAAAGGUCACCUCUGGUCGAGAUUGCAGAUUCUGAGGAUGAAUUCGAUGAUCUUGAAAUCCUGGAUGAGGAAGCUGAGGGGUACGAGGCCGUCGGCGAAGACACGCAAUUUCAGAUGGACCAGGUUCUUGCUUCAUCCGAGGAGGAAGUAGCAUCCAAAGAAGCGUCUCCUGCGGAGGAAGGCGACUCUGAUAAGGAAAACGUCGCCCCAGCCGCCAAAGAGGAUGAUGACGAAGAGGAUGAGGAGGACGCGACAGUGGUUCUAUCGAAGCCGUUUGUGUUUCCCAAAUUGUCGCGCGAUGAUUCGGACCGUAGAGAGACCGUGGAGGUCAUCACGUCUUCACCAGAGCCUACACACGACAGUGGCUCCAGUGUUCUUAAGACAGCGAGCAGGGAAACCAACGACGAGUCCGUCUCUCAGACGACGCCCACACCGAGUCAGAAAACUCCCAAGGCUAAAGGAAAGGCGGCUGUCGAGACACCAAAGACACCAAAGACCCCUUACACCCAAGGACUAGAGAGCCAGCGGCUACCCUACAGCGUCAUUCACGGCAUGGGGCGACAGGGCGAUCGGACCGACAUCUUUAUUUCCAUACAUCCCGAGCACAUGGAGGCUAUUGUUGCCGGCGAGAAGAACCACGAAUUCCGCAAUUACAGAAUCCCCCACACUGUCACCCGCAUGUGGCUUUACGUCACGAAGCCUGUUGCGGAACUGCGGUACAUGGCCUGCUUCAGUGAGGCCAAAUCGCCUGGUGAGAUUGAUGAGAACGGGGUCGGCAACGCGGAGUUCAAUCAGAACAAUGGUUCCAAGUUUGCGUAUCAUCUAAAGAAGGUCUUCCAGCUAAAUGAUCCAAUGUCUUUACGGGAAAUGAUGGACCUGGAUUGGCUUCACGGACCACCGCAAAAGUACAACUACGUGCCGCCCGCCGUCGUCGGACAGUUGAUGGCCAACCUGCGUUGCUGUGUUGUCGGUAAAGACGGAGAAGAGGAAGACGAUAUCGCAUCGGAGCCCGAGAUCGGCAGGAAGGAGUUUUUGCCGGCAGCCGGAGGUCCUUCAGAGGAGCAGACGGUCUCCCAGGAGCUCGCCGAGCAACUCCGAAGCGACAUUGAGCACUCCACCCAGCACCACUCCUCCGACGCCGACCUGCUGGUACCGUCAAGCCAGACCCCAACCAGGAACCGCGGCGGUCGCGGCGCUCGAAAGUUCGGCACAGAGCUCCCCCAAUUCACCAAGCCAGCUCUGCCCCCGACGCCCCUCAGCCGCCCGCCCAAUCCAACGCCGCGGCGGGCGGUCCGGCCCUCGCAGGCGACGACGGCAAGUCAGGCGUCGAGCCCCUCCCAGUCGCCCGUUAAGUUCAGGUCUGCGCCGCGGCGGCCGACGCGCUCGAACAACAACUCGAGCCUGCCCAUCUUUGUGGACGACGAGGACGAGGACGAUAGUCCCGUCCACCUGCCGCCGGGAACGUUCCAGAUGGAUUCCUCGCAGUUGCUGUCCAAGAGCCAGAUGCUGCCUGAAAGUCUGCUACGUGAUGACAGCGGUGACGAGGACGAUAUCAUUGUGUUUGAUUCAGAUCAGGAUGAUGAGCUGUAG